UGUAAAGCCCAAUGCCCCAAUCCAUCCUUUUACUUGCACUUCUACAGUUCUACUUACGCACAGUCACGGAAGAAGAACCGAGCAGAAAGGCUGGGACAACCACGAACGAACGGGUAACAACUGACGGAAGAACGGAAGAAGCCGCCGCCGCCAGACGCACAGCCAGACGCCGACCCUCAACUCCAGCCUCGAGGAAAAAGGAGAAUGAAGAAGGGAGUCCAUCCUCAGAUGCAAUGGAUAUCGUACGUGACACAGAGUGGGAGAUUGAUGCCAGUGAUGAUGACCAAGAUACACCAAGUGGGAAAGGUCUAUCACUUCAGAGCCAGGCGCCAAAUGGCUGAGAGCAUUGGCCAAAUUGCCAAGUUCAAGCGCCGUUACCAGAAGAAGGAAGAGGAGGCAGCCGACCAAGAGAAAUGAUGAGCGGUUUGUUUUAUUGGAGUUUCUUUUCUAUAUAUAUAUAACCAUAAUAUGCCACAUUCAUCUUUCCAUGCUCCGAUCAAAGAUUUUGGGGUCUUGUUUUUCAAUAAAUUUUCCGAACGGAUUGUCUUAUGUUUGGUUAGGGUUGUCAUUUGGCUUUUUAUUAAGGGGCUGUUUGUUUCAGCCUCUUAAUUGUUCAGAUGUCUGAAUGGUUCAGCACUUAAUGGUUCAGACUGUUUGUUUCAGCCUCUUAAUGGUUCAGAUGUCUGAAUGGUUAAGAGAUUUGCCUCUGAAUGGUUAAGUAUUAUACAGAGUCUGAAUGGUUAAGAGCUCUUAUCUGAAUUGAUCAGACAUUUGUCUCUGAAUAGUUAAACAAUAUACUAGCUCUUAAUGGUUCAGACCUCUUACUGGUUCACCACUUAAUGGUUCAGACCUCUUACUGCUAAAGCUCCUACUCCUGGAGGCAAUUGAUUCCGCAUCCAGUGUUGUCGGACCAUCUGCAAAGCAUGGUAGUCUGGUACAAUGACGGAUGAGAAGAUAUAGUAGAACCACCCACUCUAAAGUUUGUUGUGCUAGAUUCAACUCUAAGCCUUU